GAACUUUCUACCCUCUAACUUUAUAUUCUUCGCCAACUGGCAUGCGCCAACUUCUUACCUUUGGCCUCUAUAUAUUUACCCUCUACGACAACGAACCCUUUGUAGCUUUUGCAUUGUCCAUUUUCACCAACCCAAAAAUCACCAAGGCAUCUCAGCUUUAUUGAUCUCAGGAUAUUUGGUGAUGAUGGGUCGAUUCAGUAUCUUUGUUAUUGGGUUGUCAAUUUGUCUUAGCAUUUGUUUCUUCCCUGAAGCAGAAGCUCAGCUCCGACAAAAUUUCUAUGCAAAUGUGUGUCCCAACGUUGAAAGCAUUGUUAGAACAGCGGUUACCCGAAAAUUCCAACAAACAUUUGUCACGGUACCCGGUACCAUCCGUCUAUUUUUCCACGAUUGUUUCGUCGAUGGAUGUGAUGCUUCGGUAAUAAUAGCAUCCACUCCGAACAACAAGGCAGAAAAAGAUCACCCUGACAACCUGUCACUCGCCGGAGAUGGAUUCGACACCGUCAUCAAAGCCAAGGCUGCGGUGGAUGCCACCCCGGGUUGCACAAAUAAGGUCUCAUGCGCUGACAUUCUCGUCAUGGCUACUCGAGACGUUAUUGCACUGUCUGGUGGACCCUCAUAUUCAGUUGAAUUGGGAAGACUAGAUGGAUUAUCAUCAAAGGCAUCAAGCGUUAAUGGCAAACUGCCCAAGGCAAGUUUCAAUUUGGAUCAACUCAAUGCAAUGUUUGCAGCCAAUGGACUAAAUCAGAAUGAUAUGAUUGCCCUCUCUGCUUGCCACACGGUGGGAUUCUCGCAUUGCAACCAAUUCCAAAACCGGAUAUUCAACUUUAGCCGCUCCAAUCCAAUUGAUCCGACGCUGAACAGGCAAUACGCGGGCCAGUUACAGUCAAUGUGCCCCCGUGGAGUUGACCCAACCAUAGCCAUCAACAUGGACCCCACCACCCCGAGGACUUUUGAUAAUGUCUACUUCCAGAAUCUGCAGCAAGGGAAGGGUCUGUUCACUUCUGAUCAAAUCCUCUUCACGGAUGGAAGGUCUAAGGCGACUGUGAACACGUGGGCUUCCAAUUCACAAGCCUUUAAUCAAGCUUUUAUUACGGCCAUGACCAAGUUGGGCCGUGUCGGAGUCAAGACUUCUCCGGCAAACGGUAACAUUCGCCGGGACUGUGGAGCCUUCAAUUAAAUAUAUCAUCAGAAUGAUGACGCAACAUUAUUUUCAUUAUACUUUGGAGAUUCAAAAAUGUUGUCCAAUAAGUAAUAAUUGGAUUGAAUUUUAUUUUUUUUUUUAAAUAGUGAUUUCUUGUGCUGCUGGUACUUAUUUUGUACAUAGGAAAAAUGGUUUGUGUGACCAGGUAAAAAAAAUCAUUUCAAUUCGGACAGGUCAUAAUACAGAAGAGGUAAAAGUUGGGAAUUUAGUUUAGGGCAUGCAUGCAAAGAUUGUUUCCAACAUGUAACCGAGUCAGCUUCAAGCCGGCGAACCUGUCUUCGUCGCGCCCCAACCUAAUUCUGUAAAUCUAUUCUAAGUUCCUUUCAAUCGCGUGGCAAUUUCGUUGGCUUUUUUCCUACUCAUUCAAUUUUUUUUUUCUUUUUUUUUCCGGUCAAAGACUCAAAGGUUCCCCGUUACAUGAGCAUGGCCCCA